GGCUGCCAGCAAAAUCGUAGUAAACACGACUUGCUGCAAGUUUGCGUGAACAUUCUCGACUUACAAAGUUAUAGAGCGACAAAAAAAGCGAAAAAAUGAUUGAGGCGGACUCACAAAUAUGGUAUGCAAUGCCUAACAAGGAAAUGAAAUCUUUGUUUAUUCUACGCGAUAAAGCCUGAAUGUGUUGAUAUAAAGGGUCACUCGACAUUUUUACGUUGAGCACGACGGGGUAGCUUGGAGAUGAUGAGCAAACAGCAUGCUGGGACGAUUUCUGAACAUUGCAGACAUGAACAUUGAUCUUUCAAACUUUAGUGUUGACAAUCUUGAAACCCAUUCAUAAAAUGUCUGCUGGAAAAUGCUGGGACGCAAUUCCACAUGUUGUAAACAUAUCGGAUGUGGUACUGAAUGAAAGCUAGGAAACGAUCCUAACAGUCAGGCUACUCAUCUAUUGGGACCGGCAAUGAAACCUAAACGACCAUAUUGCCACGAGACUCGAUAACAUAUCCAAGCUCCGGUAAUCAACAGUGCUUUUGGAAGCCGUGUUUGCUACGCUGUUAGUUCAAUAAUCCACCAAGUUUGGCGGCUAGAGCUCUACCGGUCCAUCCACCGUGACCCGGGCAUCACAUAAGGCGACAGGGUUAACUGAAAUCUUUACGGGUUUUGCAGUUUCGAGUGGAUUUUUGCCGGUAGUUUUGCCAAUUGUUAUAAGGUAACAGGCCGUUCAACCACAGUGUGUGUGCAAUCAUAUUACAGCGAGGUAAAGUCAACUGUACGAAAGUCUUCGACAUUGUUGAUGCCUUCGACAAGGGAACGGAAGCAACUCAACUGUUUCUACUCUAACAGGGAACACAGCAUUGUAAUUAAGAAGGAAGGUUAAGAUUGUGUGCUGGUUGGCCAUGCGAGUUAGGGAAAAGUCGCGAUGGCUUAGCUCGUGUCGCUCACUACCUUGGCUCACCAUCUUGAUAUUGACCCUUCAAUGCUCACUUUCACAUGGUAAAGAAUUUAAAUUAGGACUCCUUAUACCCUUCAAAAGGGUUGCAGCUCUGUUUGGAGAUGAUUUCAACAAAGGAGAACAUUUUGCUGGUGCUAUUACGGUGGCUGUGGACGAAAUAAAUACAGAUCCUUCAUUACUACCGGGCCAUAAUAUAUCAUUUACUUGGAAAGAUACAGAAUGCGAGGAGUUGAUUACAUUGAGAGAACAGUAUUCCUUACUGAAUUCUCAAGUCUCAGCCUUUAUUGGACCUGGUUGUUCCUGUAAUACAGCAGCUAGGAACGCUGCAGCCUUCAACAAACCUAUGAUAUCAUACAUGUGUAGCAAUGCCGAACUGUCCAAAAAAGACCGUUACCCUACUUUUGCCCGGACCUUCGCGGUGGACUCCAAAGUGACACCGAGUGUGAUCGCUCUCUUGAAGCAAUUCAAGUGGGAAAUAGUGGCAAUAAUCUACGAGGAAUGGAAAAAGUGGGUUCAGCUGAAGAAUUACAUGAAAGCCGAGCUAGAAGCCAAUGGGGUCGAGGUCACAUACGAAAAGAGCAUCAAGCAGUUCGUCUACUACAACUCGAACGAACACGAUGCCGAGUUUAGGACAAUUAUGCGGGAAAUCAAGGAAAAAUCUAGAAUUGUGAUCUUCAUCUCGAGUUGGGCGAUAGCCCGUGAAGGGAUCUACGUCGCUACGCAGGAGAACAUGGUCAGCGGUGAUUACAUCUUUAUCAUGUUCGAGCUCAACCAACAAACCGUGAAAAAGAAAAUGAACCUUCCAUUCCUUUGGUUCGAGAGCGAGCUGCCAGAAAUGAACAGGACGAAGGAGACUACCGCGGCAGUAAAGAAAGGCUUCCGUGCAGUCUUGAUGUUAGCCGUGAAAAGCGCGUCUGGGAAAGACUACAAAUAUUUCUUGCAGAAAUUGAAGAAAAAGACCAGUGAGCCCCCUUUCAAUAGCUCAUUCUACCUCACAGAUAGUGUCGGCGUUACGCCGCCUGUUUAUGGAGCCUACCUCUACGACGCCGUCAAGCUCUACGCAAAUGCGCUAAACAAAACAUUGGCGCUCAACCAGACGCCUGAUGGUAGUACCAUCUUCUCAAAGAUCAACGACACAUCUUUCUACAGUAUCCAGGGUUAUGAUAUACACAUAGACAGAAAUGGUGACGCGGAGUAUAACCUGACGUUGCUGAACUUCCGAUGGGCACCAAGACCAGGAAGGCCAGAUACGGCAGUGAUGGAAGAGACCGCUGACUUCCACAUCGUCGUCAACAACGAUACGAAUGAGUCGUCCCCCGAUCUCGUGUUCAGAUCUAACAUGAGCAUCUUAUGGCCGAGUGGACUGGACGUCCCGCCAAAGGACAGACCGGAAUGUGGAUUUGAAGGCUGCCCUCAAGAGAUCGGCAAAGAUAAAAAGACCAUGAUCAUUGGAAUCGUAUCCGGCUGUUUGGCACUUCUCGUGCUCCUCUUCAUCGCAAACUUCAUUCGGCAUUACAAAGCGGAGCGUGAGCUUCAGAGCAGAUUGUGGAAGAUCGAUUACAAUGAGAUUUGCUUCGAGCAUCGACGGGGGUCAAACACGUCCCUGGCCAGUACCGUUAUGCAUACAAAAGACCCAGGCGAUGAAGAUGCUGCGAUUCCACUACUGGAAGAUGACACUCGAGAGGGCAAGACCACCACUGUGGCGAACUAUAAGGGAAGCAUGGUUACUGUUGCUCGGAUACCUACACGAAGUAUUGACCUGACCCGGAAAGUCUUACUGGAGUUAAAGCAGAUGCGGGACAUACGUCACGACAAUCUAAACCAGUUUAUCGGCGCAUGCGCGGACUCGCCGACUGUGUGCAUAGUGAUGCAGUACUGCUCAAGAGGGAGCCUGCAGGAUAUAUUAGAAAACGAUGACGUCAAGCUGGAUCACAUGUUUAUCGCUUCACUAGUAUCCGAUAUAGUCAAGGGCAUGGCGUAUCUGCACAGCUCAGAUAUACGUUCCCAUGGUAACCUCAAGUCGUCUAACUGCUUGGUGGACAGUAGAUGGGUCCUCAAGAUCACUGACUACGGACUUCCCACCUUUCGCAUCAAAGCAAGAAAGACUGUAGAAAAUUAUUCUUAUUAUAGAGAUCAAUUGUGGGUUGCGCCUGAGCUUCUGCGGUUAAAUAAUCCUGAUGUGCGGGGGACGCAAAAGGGAGAUGUGUACAGCUUUGCAAUCAUCUUACAAGAGUUUCACUCGCGAGAGGGACCAUUCAGUGAUGACGACAUGGAGCCAAAAACGAUCAUUCACCGCGUCAAGGAGGGUGAGUUCCCGCCAUUCCGACCGACUGUUACCAAGUUGAUAGGUGGCGUCGAGGAGCUUCAAGAUCUCAUGAAACAGUGCUGGACCGAGGAUCCUGAACACAGGCCCGACUUUCACGAGAUACGGAAGAUCAUGCACAAGCUGCUGAUACAGAACGGGAUGAAGACUAACAUCUUUGACAACAUCGUAUACAUGAUGGAGAAAUACGCAGAUAACCUGGAGGAGCUUGUUAUGGAAAGAACGGGUCAGCUUAUCGAGGAGAAGAAGAAAACCGACGCACUGCUUGAGCGCAUGCUUCCACCAUCGGUUGCUGAGCAGCUGAAAAAGGGGAAAGCAGUAGAAGCCGAGAGCUUCGACGAAGUUUCCAUAUACUUCAGCGAUAUUGUUGGUUUUACGAGUCUCAGCGCCGAGAGCACGCCGAUGCAGGUCGUGACGUUAUUAAAUGAUCUCUAUACACUCUUUGAUGACAUCAUCCGCGAAUAUGACGUAUAUAAGGUUGAGACGAUAGGAGACGCUUACAUGGUGGUCAGCGGUCUACCAAUCAGGAAUGGAUCUCGUCAUGCCGGCGAGAUAGCGCGCAUGUCAUUACAUCUUGUGGACGCUGUACAGACAGAGUUUUGCGUUCGACACAAACCCGAGUACAAGCUGAAGCUGAGAGUUGGAAUCCACAGCGGGCCUGUGGUCGCUGGAGUCGUCGGUAACACUAUGCCUAGAUACUGUCUGUUUGGCGACACCGUCAACACAGCGUCAAGAAUGGAGUCCAACGGAGAGCCCUUACGGAUACAUAUCAGUGGACAGACAAAAGAGAUCCUGGAUGAGCUUGGAGGCUACUAUGUGGAAGAGAGGGGCGAGGUUUUCCUCAAGGGAAAGGGAAACUGUAUGACGUACUGGCUACAGGACGCCGUCGACAAGCGACACCAAAAGAGCAGUUUCAAAGGCGGCAAAUUCCACCACCCUAACGGCAACCCCAUCCUAAACUACCUCUCAGCCCCCUUGCACGACUCUAACAGCUCACUGAACCGGAGAUCGGACUCUUUCAGGCGCUCAAUUAAGGUCACUAAUUCACCCAGCGCAAGAAAAAAGGUCUGGCAUAAGUUUGAGGAAGACGGCGUGGGAUCAAUGGGCCACACCGCUGUAUGAUCACGUGUGUCGUCACAUAUGAUGACAUAAUCCAUCUGGCAUGGUGACGUCACGCACUUGGUGUAGUAUUGUGACGUCAUACAACUUGUGCUUUAUUAUGAUGUCACACAAGUGAAUUGGUAUCAUGACGUCACACACGUGAUCUGAUAUUGUGACGUCAUACACCUUAUGCUUCAUUAUGAUGUUACGCAAGUGAUCCGGCAUCGUGACGUCACGCACGAGAUCCCAUAUCUCGACUUAACACAGGUAGCGUUACGAUUUAGGGAUGUCACGUUUGAUGUCACGUCAUUAGAACGCUUUUCUGCGAAAUGACGGGAAAGCAUUGCUCGCUAGCUGAUUGAAUGUCACGUUAUGUCACGUAUGGCACGUCAAUGGUUUGUUACCACCGGGCUUGUAAUCUCGUGAUGAUAAUUCAUUGCGUCAUUUGGAAAAUGCGACCAACAAAUGGAAAAUCUUGAAAAGUUUGCAAGCUUGAUAUUCGGAUACCGGAUUGCGUGGAUAAAAAAAAUGCAUUUCAUUUGAUGCAGGAAUGCUUGACAGGAUACAGGAAUGCGUGACACUAGAUGCGAGUAUGCCUUGCACUGGAUAAGAAAUGCGUGACGGUUCAACAGGAAUGCGUAACACCGGAUACAGGAAUGUGUGACAACGGAUACACGAAUACGUGAAAUGACUAAAGGAAUGUUUGACACUGGAUAAGAAACUCGUGACGUUCAGUAGGAAUGCGUGACGCCGGUUACAGGAAUGCGUGACUCUGGAUACAUGAAUGCAUGAGUCUGUGUCAUCCAAAGCACUGAAUGGCCCACAGUCACACGGUACCUCGUUAUAUUGUGGAGAAGAACAAAGUCGGCAUUUCACGUUAAAACAGUACCAUAUAUGGUGUGUCACAAAGCUAUGCGCCAAGUAUCAAGCAAUUUCAAAAUGUAAAGCAGCUGUACAGACGUAACUGCAUGGGCAAAUCAUUCGUUUGCAUUAACUCCUUUUAUUUAUUAACAGAUGCAAUCAUUUUGACUUGCCAUAUGAAUAAUGCUUAAGAGCUUUUUUAGUUAUCGGUUGGGCGCAAUCUAUCUUGGAUAGACAGAACUUUUUAAUGCAAAACUAUUUGUUAUGUGCUGCUUGAAAUUGAAGAAAUUGAAAUGAACAGGCGGACGUCUUCCACAUGGUACAUCUUUGCUCCAGGAUAUUUAACCUUUUAACACGGGGCUGCAAACACGAGGAACUAUAAGGAGCAGAGGAUUUUUAAUUAUGCCUUCCGAUAAAUGACUGUCUGUUUUCUAAUGUUCUUGAAAGGCCUGGAGCGAGCGCACGGGGCAGCCUUUGAUAAUUAAAUGCGUUAGUACCUAGACUACUUUUUUGAAUCAUGGUCGCCAAAAAAAAGGAACAAACAAGAGCUCCUUUAAGUUCGUGGAAACUCUCGACUAUCACGAAAAGAGCAAGUUGUGUAAGCAAGGCAUCGUUUAAUAUCCGUUUCAAUCUUUCUUGUCUUUCUUUGUCUUUUUUUUUGGUUUGGGGGGGGGGGAGGAAGGCACUAUUACAAAUCUUGCAGAGGACUUUUUCUUGCCCCAGUGUCAUAGAGAAUUCGCGCGAAAAAUAGUAUUAUUUUAUAUCAGUUUCGUCCACAGGAAACCCGGUUAGAAAAUCUUGAGCUAAGCUGUCGAAUAGUAUUCUGCUCCUUAUAGUUUAAAGGGUUACAUUGUAAUGAUAUGGUUUGUAAAUAACAAUUCAUGUAUUUGUACCGUAUGCGUACAGCGAUAGGUAGAAGUUAUUACAAGUUAUUGCAUCUUGUAAAUGUAUAUUCUCUGCGAAUUCAACAUUAAAGUGUUGUAAAUGAU